CCCUCACCGUCUCUCUUUCGCGUCAGUCUGCAGGCGGUCACCACUCGACUCACGUUGCCUGUUGUGCGUGUUACUCUUCCAUUCUUUUCACUUUUACCCGCGGUGAAUAGUUGGACUUUUUUCCCACCCUCUUUACCUCUGUUGGAAUUUUGCAGCUUACUUUUAUCAUUUGCUUAUUUUUUCAGAGGCGGACAAAAGAGUCAACGUGGUGUGCACAAGAAGCUGUGCUGCUGUGUCAAGUCAUCACACGUCCAGCAGCCACACACACGCACACACACACACACACAUCAAGCUCACUAAUCUGUAAAAGAUUGAUGAGGCCCACUCAGGCCUUGCGAGGCCUGGUCCAGCGUCGAUAAGGCGGCUUGCAUUUCACCGCCAUUCAACCCUCCUUCUCCUCCAAUCGGACACAGUGCCUUGACAAGGGGUGUGGCAGGAGUGGCGGAUGAUGAUAAAUUCAAGGACCUUGCACGGGAAUCGAGAGCCAUGACAGGUCACGGGAAGGACGCCUCGGCUCGGGCCGGUCGGGAGGAGGAGGAGGACGGCAUGUUAUCGUUAAAAUGGCGGACGAGCAGGAAGCCACAGAGCUGAGACUGACUUAAGCCGCAUAAAACACACGCAAACGCAUUCAGGACAAUGUGCAACAUCUCCUUCUGUAAUGUGGACAGCAAGGUGGAUCAAUUUUUCCAGCCCACGCUCUACAUCAUCGUCAUGGUGCUGGGCCUGCCCACCAACUGUUUGGCUUUGUGGGCUGCCUACAUGCAGGUGAGACAACACAACGAGCUGGGCGUGUACCUGAUGAACCUGUCCGUGGCAGACCUGCUGUACAUCGGCACACUGCCGCUGUGGAUCGACUACUUUCUCCAGCGCGACGACUGGAUCCACGGCCAGGAGAGUUGCAAACUCUUCGGCUUCAUCUUCUACACCAACAUCUAUGUUAGCAUCGCCUUCCUCUGCUGCAUCUCGCUGGACCGAUACCUGGCGGUCGCCUACCCGCUCAGGUUUGUUAAGGUCCGACGUGUCAAGACAGCAAUCCUGGUGAGCGCCAUCGUGUGGCUCAUGGAGAUCAUAGCCAACUCGGCGCCACUUUUCCACGACGAGCUCUUCCAGGGUCGCUUCAAUCACACUUUCUGCUUCGAGAAGUACCCCAUGCAGGAUUGGGUGGCGGGGAUGAACCUCUACCGGAUCUUCUUAGGCUUCCUGGCUCCGUGGACCGCCAUGCUGGUGGCCUACCGCGGCAUCCUGGUCGCUGUGCGUUGCAACGUCUCCACUGAGCGCCAGGAGAAGGCCAAGAUCCAACGGCUGGCACUGAGUUUGAUUCUGAUCGUGUUUUUCUGCUUCGGGCCAUACCAUGUCCUCCUCCUUGUGCGGAGCGUGAUAUUUCUCAAGAAGCCAUGCGAUUGCAGUUCCGAAGAGCGCUUGUUUGCCGCCUACCACGUCUCACUGGCGCUCACCAGCCUCAACUGUGUGGCCGACCCCAUAUUGUACUGCUUCGUCAACGAGGGUGCGAGGCACGACGUGGGCCGGGCACUGUCCGUGCUACUGUCGGCAGCAUGCUGCAGGGGUUCCGCUUCCUCGCCGUCGCAGGCCGACGUGCUCAACGCCGCCUCCGUCACCUUGGAAACACCCCUGGCAACCAAGAAGCAGCCUUGCGUCUGCGCCGACAAUAGCCAGGCCGGGGAAUACAAGACGGAACUGGUGGCGCUGAAGGAGGAAUGUCUGCAGAUGAGCAUACUCAAGUGAUUGUAGGCUGGACAAAAAAAAAGGUGCUUUGACGCAUUCGUCAGGGCUCCAGAUGAAAAUUUUGGUUUCAAAGUAGGAUUGGGGAUUCAAAUGAGGUAUUCAAACUACAACUAGGGUUUCAAACAAGAGUUCGGGUUUCAAAUGAUCGUUUCACAUCAAGUUUUGAAUUUCAAAUCAGGGGCGGGGUUUCAAAUGAUGGUUUCAGACCGUAGUUAGGCUUUAAUAGUCUGAUUCUUUUGAGGCCAGUGCCAAUUCUGAUAUUUGGCAGAAUAAAAUUCAAAGUGACUAUUCGGCUGUUUAAUAAUAGACAAAAAUAAUAAAUAGAAUAUCUUCUUUU